AUAGAAACAAAUUUUGACAUUGACGUAAUAUUUUAGACUUCUGUUUGACUUCUGUAAUCGGUUCUGGCUGAUCGGAAAUCGGAAUCGCGUUUUUAUUUUUCAAAUUUAUUUUCGUAUUGAAUUUAACGUGGUUUUUCUUUUGCUGUAUAAAAAUGCCUUCUUAUGAGUUAGCGCUAAUGCUACGGGCAAUGCCAAAAGGAGAACUAAAGAAAACCUUAACUCGAAUAUCACAUGCUAUUUUCAAUCGAGGUGGAAUUAUUAGAAAUAUCGAAAAUUUAGGAUUUAGAGAAAUGCCAUACAAAACAAGUUCACAUGGCCUAGUACACAGAGAAGCAAAUUAUUUUGUAUUUAAAAUAGACACUGCGACAGAGGCAGUAGCUGACUUAAAAGAAGAAAAUAGUAGAGAUGUUGACAUAAUAAGACAACGAGUGUUCAAGAUGCAAGCAGACAAGCAGCAAUCAUCGUGUACGUUACCAGAAGAAUUGCUUCCUCCAGCAUACAGAGAAGAGGUUCAGAAGAUGAUUGAAGUUGGAAAGACACAAGUAAAUCGCUUCACAUAUAAAUUUAAGUAUAACUCUGGUCUUGAUUAUUAUCCUUUCCAGAAGUAAAUGUCUUUUUUUACUUAGUUGUACAUAUAGUCUAAUAAAUGGAUCUAGCUA